AAUAAUGUCGUUGCUAUUAAAAAAUAUAAUGCUAAUAAUAAAAUUUAAUGUUACAUAAAUAUUGUCGUCAUUCCGUAUUUCAGUAACAUGAUGACAUGCGAAUACUGUUACUAACGCUAAAGUUCCCGUUAGCUUAUUCUUCAUUUUCUUAUCCGUAAAUCAUCAGAUUAACUAGAAACUCAGGGAAGUCCAGUUGAAAGAAUAUCUCAAAUGUGCAUGUGUAUGCACACACGUACACGUCUAUCGUAGGCCAUACGGUCAAAGAUCGUGAGCCUCGAGAGCAUAUCUUUAAUGUGUGUGCUUAUAUAUAUAUAUUGUGUGCCAAGUCGUACGUAGCAUCAGUAUUGUUUUGCAAGUCAAAAUGUACAUCACCAAGAGGACGACGUUAAUCUUCGCGACGGUCUACGUGACGCUCAUCGUUCAGGAGACUGUUGCCACUAGCCCAAAUAUCAUUUCUAGAUCGGAAUGGGGCGCCAGAGCACCGAAAUCUCGGGCUCCUAAUCUUAAAUUAAAACCAGCACCAUAUGUACUUAUUCAUCAUUCGACUGGCUCCGGUUGUGAGACUCAAGCAUUAUGUCAGUUAAAAGUGAGACAAUUCCAGAAUGAGCAUAUGAACACGAAAGGAUGGUCUGACAUUGGCUACAAUUUCCUAGUUGGAGAAGACGGAAAUGUUUACGAAGGUCGCGGAUGGGGCAAGCAAGGCGCUCAUUCUAUACCUUUCAAUAAAAAGAGUAUUGGAAUUUGCAUCAUCGGGGAUUACAGAAAGCGAACACCAAACGCAAUGGCGGUACAAGCUGUGGCUAACUUGAUCGCUCAAGGAGUGCAAAAUGGCGAAAUAAAGAGUGAUUACAAGCUUCUUGGACAUCGGCAAACCUGGCCAACCAUAUGUCCCGGAGAUAGUCUUUAUACAAUGAUAAAAUCAUGGCCACAUUGGUCAGAAAGAGAAUAAAUUAAGCGCACAUACAUAUAUAUAUAUAUAUAUAUAUAUAUAUAUAUAUACAUAUACACAUGAUGUUUUAUUUAGUCAUUGUUACUGCGUAACAAAAAUAUUUUUUAUCAGAACUAUUUGUCAGAACUAAAUCGUUCAUUUUCAGAACGAUUGUGAAUUGUGAUUUUAUAAUCAAUUAAUAAUUAUAUAAAUAUUUAUGAGAAUUG